AUGUCCUCAGCCAAAUCAGACUCAUCGGAAAGAGUUGAAAUCGACGGUAUGUAUAUUUUGAAAGUAGCAUUGAUCCCAUUAACAUUGGCUGCGAGUAUUUUAUUUCUGUAUUUGUAUGUGAAACCGAUCGAGCAACAGAGUGCAACAAUGUUGGUAGCACCGAAAUCUCGUGAUAUGAGGGCAGAGCAGAUUAGGAUGUUUGCCCUGAAUGAAAUUGUGAAAGCCAAUUCUCAUGAUCUCCCACCAAGAAGUCGGAACAUAUCCGCCAAGGCCCUUUGCAAGCAGAAAUUAGCCUGUGCACCAUUCAACCGUAGAUAUGAGACAAUGAUUAGAGUUGCCCCACAAUACAAAAUGGUGAACUGUGUCGUACAGAAAUCCAUGUCUACAAUGAUGACUGGUGCAAUGUGUUACCUGUACAAUGAAACCCAGUAUGAAAAAUCCGGUAGAAGUUUCGAUGAUGAGUUUAGCGGAAGACUAUGCAAAAACCAAAACGAGUUCUCCAGUGUGAACUCGGUACGCGACGCAUUCAACAUUUCGUAUGUGAAACAUGACUGGACAUUUUCAAUGGUAACUCGAAAUCCAAUCGAUCGAUUUGUUUCUGGUUAUGUAGAUCGAUGUGUUAGACUUGCAUUGAAGAAUGAAACACAAUGCAAUGGAUGUGGGUUGAACAUGACCUGUUUCAUAGAAACCGAGUAUAAGCGGCUCAUGGAGAUUUCGUACAAACGGAAAACGCAUAGAACAAUGGAAGACGCUCAUUUCUUCCCACAAGUUUGGCACUGCGGCCUAAAUGAGGAAUUUGAAUUUUUCGAGUUUAUCCAAUACUCUGGAAACGCAGAGGACAAAAUGGUCCCACAGCUUCAAGACCUCUUAGAAAGACAAAACGUUCCGGAAAAAUCUAUCGAGUUCAUCAAAAACGAGCUUAUCUACAAAAAAUCAAGUCAUUCAACAACGGGUACACCUGCUAAACGCUUCUAUUACUCUAGACUCAUGAAAUCCCCAUACCUGCUUGAAUUCAUCGUCAAAAUGUUUUACUACGAUUUUCUCCGCUUUCAUUAUGAGCUGCCACCAGGAUUCUGA